UAUCACCCUCAAAUGGGUUUUCCCCCACAGACUUUCCUCCCGCCGCGUUGCGUUGUGGCACGCGGCCUGUCUUCUCUGCCUCAGCUCCACCUUUGCCAUCACCACCGCCACUGCCUGUUCUCUUGCUCCGCUAACCAUUGCGGGCAACAGAAGCAGGCAUGAAGAUACCAAGGAGUAGUACAGACAAUGUUAAUAAUGUACUGCUUCUAACAUUGUUCAUUGGAUUGGCAUCAUUUUGUCAUGGCCAAGACUAUGACGAGCCCACCACCCCGGCCGCCCCACCACCGGCAUUAGACAACUGCAAUGGAAUCUUUCUUUCCUAUACAUUCACUUCUAGGGAGAAAGAGUUUCCACAUGUUAAAAACGCAACCGCGCAAGCGUGGGCGUUUAAGGCUACAGCAUCAAUUCUCAAUGCAGCACAAGAUGAGUUGAAGGGGUGGAAGAUGUUUGUGGGGUUCCAGCACAAAGAGAUCCUGGUGUCCGCCACUGGAGCGGUAAUUGUUGACGGUGGUGACUUCCCUGCCGCAGUUGGGAAUGGUACUACAUUUGCAGGAGAUGCAAUGCCUGACUUGAAAACAUCUAUUGACACAGCUGGAGAUUGGAACCAGAUUGCAGUCAACAUUGAAAUUACUGGUACACAGUUUGGUAUCAAGCCUCCCGGUGUGCCUAUGCCUAAGACAAUCAAGCUUGUCAAUGAUGGGUAUAUCUGCCCUGCACCAACCAAGGAAGGGAAAACUGGUAUGCAUGUAUGCUGCAAGAGGAAUCCAAAAUUCAAGCUGAAACCGGUGAAGAAAACCCGGUUCCAUCCUCGUCUAAAUGGCGAUCUAUCGAUGACAUAUGAUGUUCUUCAAUCCUAUGAAGGAAGCUACCAAGCUCAAGUCACCAUUGAUAACAACCACCCAUUAGGCCGUCUUGAUCACUGGAACUUAACCUGGGAAUGGAUGCAUGGAGAAUUCAUUUACGACAUGAAAGGUGCCUACACCCACAAGAGAGACUACUCUGAGUGCCUCUACGGUCCAGCCGGAAAAAACUACAAGGAUUUUGAUUUCUCUAAUGUCAUGAACUGUGAAAAACGACCGGUGAUGUCUGAUUUGCCUGCUGAUAGAGCCAACGACACCAAAGUUGGGAAAAUACCUUAUUGUUGCAGAAAUGGAACCAUUUUGCCUACAUUGAUGGAUGAAAGCAAAGCGAGGUCGAUAUUCCAACUUAGGGUCUAUAAAAUGCCUCCUAAUCUGAACAGGACAGCUCUGGAGCCUCCCCAUCAUUGGAAAAUUGAUGGAGUACUGAAUCCUGAGUACAAAUGUGGACCUCCAGUAAGGGUAGAUCCUACAGAAUUUCCGGACCCGAGCGGGCUUCAGGCUAUAAGCACAGCUGCAGCUAGUUGGCAAGUUGUCUGCAACAUUACAAGACCAAAAGCUAGAGCAUCAAGGUGUUGUGUAUCAUUCUCUGCUUACUACAAUGAAUCUGCUGUUCCUUGCCCUACUUGUGCUUGUGGAUGCAAUGAGGACACCAAAUGUAACCCCAAUGCACCUGCAAUGUUCCUCCCACCGGACGCCUUGCUCGUCCCGUUCGCUAACCGGACAGAGAAAGCCAAAGCUUGGGCUAGACUCAAGCACAGGCCUAUACCAAAACAAUUACCUUGUCCUGAUAAUUGUGGAGUCAGCUUAAAUUGGCACAUCAAUUCUGAUUACAAGAGUGGAUGGACAGCAAGAAUUACACUAUUCAAUUGGGCAGACCAGCCUUUUGAGGAUUGGUUUGCAGCAUUUAAGCUAAACAAGGCCGUGCCGGGGUACGAAAAUGUCUAUUCCUUCAAUGGUACAAAGUUGACCGGCAACAAUACCAUAAUUGUUCAAGGCCUAAAAGGGUCAAAUUUCUUGAUGGGAGAGGUAAAUGGGACUAAUCCUGAUAAGGAUCCAAGGGUUCCUGGAAAGCAACAAUCAGUGAUCUCUUUCACCAAGAAAAAGACUCCCGGAAUCAAUAUCGCCCGCGGUGAUGGCUUCCCUACAAAGGUCUUUUUCAAUGGUGAAGAGUGUGCACUCCCUAAGGAAUUCCCCAGGAAAAGUGCAGCAGCUCAUCAGUCUGGUGUUCAGUUCUUGCCUGCCCUGAUCAUUGCAAUCGCGACUUUCGUUCUUAUGGCUGACCGUUUUCAUCGAUGAUCAUCCUGGUUUUUUGUCAGUAUAUUUUAGGGGUUAGCUUUGCAGGGGAAGAGCUCUCUAUGUAUGACUUGGGUGGCUGUAGAAAAUGGAGAAAUGUAAAGCAACAAAUGGUUCCAAUGGCUGUUUUUAGUACCACUCUUACUCUAAGUUGACACACUCAAAGGCAGAUGCAGAGAUUGUAACAAGUUCAAAAAAAUAGAUAUUAUUAUGAUUUUUAUGAAGUUUCAAUUACUAGUAGAGAGUCUUUUCCAUGGAUUUUUUCAUUUUUAAAUGUAAAUACAAAAUUAUGA